AUGGAUCUCUCAGCCGGCGGUCUCGCGCCCUCCAGCUCGCGCCGCACGCCAGGCCACGCGCGCUUCGCCUCGCCCACCGCUCGCCCGGAGGUCUCGUACACGAUCUCGGACACGCGCACAGAGACUGUCUCGACCACUCGCACCGUGCACCUCGCGACGCCGCCCAAGUCUCAGCAGUCGGGCUCGGGGAAGAAAGGGAAGGGGUUCGCCCUCCCGCAAGGCAGGCCGCUUACAGCUCGCGUCUCGCCGCUCCAGGCGCAGGAGAAGGUCUUUGAUUCGCCCGAAGGCGAGGCGAGGAUCGUCGAGCUGAGCGGGAGUGAGAGCGAGGAGGAGAUGCCGCCACCGAGGAGGUCGCUUGCUGGGAGGGAAACGGGCGUCGCGAAGACUCCGCCGGCCGUCGAGUCCAGGCUUGCGAGGGAUGCGAGGCGCGCGAGCCCGGCUGGACCGUCGGGUGAGAGUGGCAGGACUGUCGGAAACGAGGCGGGACAGAACGGCCACACGAUGAGCUCGCCUGGACGCGCGGGCGGCUCGUCCGACACCGAGACAAACACUCCUACGCCGCCGUCGGGUCGCGACGCUCCCUCUGGCGACGAGCAGCACGACCAGCUUCACUCCAGCUCGCCCGGACCUUCUCAACCUGGCGACGGCGCUGCGCUCGCCCGUCCGCCCCCUUCGCAGAAGCGCACGAAAGGACACGCCCAGGAGCGCGAGCCGCACUCGGACGAAGGCUACGCGACCAGUUCGAGCGGGCCGUCUUCCGACCCUUUCGUCAACCAGAGCGACGAGAUCGAGUUCCGCGACAUUAGCUUUGACGACGACUUCAGCCAGACUCAGGACACCCAGGACACGCAGGAAGUGUCGAAGAGGCCACUUGAAGCGAUCAACGAGGAGAGCGAGGGCGACCACAGCGGACGCGAGAGCAAGAAGGCGAGGCGCUCGCAGUCUCCCGAGCUCGAGACGCCGUCUUCGUCGCAAGCCGAGUUCGAGGCGCACCUUCUCGACUCGCACCGCUCCACCCUCCAGCGCUCGCAGAGCGUCGUGUCAGUCGUCACCGAGGUCGCUGACGACGACGAGCGCGACGAGGACCGGGAGAUGUACGACCAGAUCGAAAUCGAAGACGACCUGCCGGACGAGCAAGCCGUCGUUCCCGCCGACCCGCUCGCCUCGAUCCCUUCGCUCUUCCCGAACGCCAAGCGCCCCUUCUUUGCUCACGCCCAGGCUCUCGCGCAGGUCAAGAAGGAGGACGAGGAGGUGCAGGCUUCUGCCGAGACCGACGCGAUCAAGCGUUGGGACGACGAGAAGAACAAGUUUGGCGAGCAGUGUCUUUCGCUUCUCGCGCGCGUCAGCGACACGCUCAGCAAGAAGGCUACCCGUCACCAGUCCUUUCAAGCCACCAUCGCCGCCCACAGCGACAGGCUCUCCAGCGGUCUCGGACAAGAAAGCGAGGCGUUCCAGACGAUGGUGGACAGGCUGAGCUCGCUCUGGCAGCUGUCGGGCAUGCAGGGCACGAUGUGGAGGAGGAUGGCGGAAAUGGCUGCUGGCGGCGGAGGGGAGGGGCAGGAGUAG